GAGCAGCCUUCGAGUCGACCACGAUUUCCUAAGAUACCGAAAUCUCUCCUUCUGCCCACAUUAUGUUGCGAACUGCAGCAGGACUACUGAAGAGACCGCUGAGAAAUGCCGGAGCUCGUAACUUUCAUCCAUUGGCAACGCAAUUGAUUUCACGAGGAAGCCAAAUCUCAAAUGCUGGUCUGGUGCCCAUGGUCAUCGAGCAAACGGGACGAGGCGAACGUAGUUAUGAUAUUUUCUCUCGCUUGCUACGAGAGCGAGUUGUAAUGCUUUACGGACCGAUCCAAGAUACGGAUUCCGCGCUGCUUGUGGCGCAACUACUAUUUCUUGAAGCGGAAGAAACAUCCAAGCCCAUACACCUAUAUAUAAAUUCACCGGGUGGUAGUGUUACAGCCGGACUCGCAAUAUAUGAUACAAUGCAGUAUGUCUCAUCACCCAUACACACCUAUUGCGUCGGACAAGCGUGUUCGAUGGGAUCGCUUCUCCUCGCGGCCGGUGAAAAGGGAAAGCGCCACGCUCUUCCAAACUCAACCAUCAUGAUUCACCAACCAUCGGGAGGUGCAUCAGGCCAAGCAUCUGAUAUCGCGAUUCAUGCACGGGAGAUCUUGCGGGUCCGAGAACAGCUUACCGCGAUAUAUCAACGACACUGUGCCAGGGACGGUGAGAAUGUUGAUGAUGGUUUACAACGCUUCUCAAAAGCACUGGAACGCGAUUACUUCUUGACAGCUAACGACGCGCUGGAGUUUGGAAUUGUGGAUAGCGUGUUGGAGAAGAGACCGAAGUCAGAAGGUGACUUGUAAUUGCUGCCGCAUCCCGUGGCCCGACUCGGAUUUUGAUACCUUCCAUGAGCUCGUCCGGUUAAUUGUGACGGUCACUUCGUCAGUUGGUAUCAUUCCACAAUCAUACAUAAUACCGCAUAGAUACUCUUUUCCAUCAUUGGUCAAAAUUUCCGAGCCGUAAUUUGACCAUGAUAAGUAGUGCCAUCUUGGAAGUUGAUUUGAAUUCUUUGGCACCCUUGUGCAUUUGCAUUUGCAUUUGCAUCAUAAAUCUUCGAUGUCAUA